CUGUAUGUAACAGUACGUACCUUUAGCUUUGGGUAAGUGAUAAGGUAUUUUAUUGAAAGACCACAUUUUCCAAACUUAACGCAGAAGAUGAUACCGUUGCGAGUGUAAAGGUUAAGGCGCGAAGAACGUCGGAUGAGAACUGCGAAAUUUGAACAAUUGCGUACGAGUUUCGUUCAACUUUGUAGGUCAUCACAUACACGUUCACCUGAAUCGAGCAUGCAUAUUCAUCGUCAUGGAAACAAACGUUGAUUCUCAGGAAGGAUUUUGAAGCGAUGGAGGGGAUAGCGCUUGGAGAAACGAAGGAUGUUCCAAUUGAUGCAACAUCUCCGAAGAAAACUAACUUUGUUGGUAUCACCCCCCAGAAACAGCUGACGAAUGUCACAACACCGACGGACAGACCGUUCAGGGUGUCGGUGGAGGGAAACAUUGGUGCAGGAAAGUCCAGUUUCAUACAAUACUUUUCCACAUUCCAAAACAUCGAAACGUAUCCGGAACCAAUCGAUUGGUGGAGAAAUUUGGAUGGGCACAACUUACUUGAUCUGCUUUACAAGGACAUAAACAAGUGGCACACGACGUUCCAGACGUACGUGCAAUUGACUAGGCUGAAAGUGCAAACCUCGAAGCCCACUCAGGCGACAACCACUGUGCAGAUGUUCGAGAGGUCUCUGCAGAACAACAGGUAUUGCUUCGUUGAGCAGGCUUACAAUAAUGGGUAUUUGCAUGACGCGGAUUACGCGAUCUUGGAUAAAUGGUACAGAUGGAUCAGGGAUACCGUAGAUAUUAAUUUGGAUCUCAUUGUUUAUUUGAGAAGUUCUCCGGAGAUUGUUUACGAGAGGAUUAUGCGCAGGGCUAGGCCCGAGGAGAAGAGCAUGAGUUUGGAUUAUCUGAAGCAACUGCACGAGAGCCACGAACGGUGGCUGAUGACCGACGAUGAGCGUUUCAAUACUAUUCCUGUGUUGGUGCUGGACGCGAACACGGCUUUAGAAGACAUAGUGGAACAAUACAAACUGAACGAGAAUCGAAUCAUGGGAAACAAAUCGGGGAAGCGAAAAGUGUGCCAAGAGGACAAGGAGAGAGUGAGGAAGGUUUUGCAUUUAGAUAAAUAAUCAAUACGUUA